UCCAGCAGAUGGCGAUAAAGAGCAAAUGCGUUUCUCCACAGCCUCUCCUUGAACCAGGAAGAAGACUUUCUGCAUCUGUUAGCGGCGUUAACUUUCUUCUGUUGUUUCUUCUGGGGUGAAUAUUUGUGUUUCUGCAGCAACAAUGUCUUCAUUUCAGUCUCUGAGAGACUUUAUCAGGGAGCGACUGGCCGCUGCUGCUGAGGAAAUAUUUACAGAGUUUGAUAAAACCAUCGUCCAGUACGAGGAAGAGCUGUGGCGUCAACAGAGACUGCUGGAAAUCUACUGGAAACCCCACAUAAAGCUACAGAGAAUAGACCUCACACAGCCUUAUGUUUGGAAGGAGGAUAAUGUCACUGACCAUCAGCUCCCCAGCCUAGAGAUCAACUCCAGUUUGAACCUAGGUGAGAUGCAACCUUUAUGUAUGCAUGAGGAACUGGGGAAACCAGAACCUCAACAGAUGAAAGAAAACCAAGAAGAACCCGAACCACCACAAAUAAAAGAAGAGCAGAAAUCGGUGGUAAAGGAUGAACAGGAGGAACUCUUUAUCAGUCUGGAGAAAGAGCAGCUUGAACAGCGUUGGCCAACUGAUUCCUUCACAGGAGUCACUAUUCAUGAGAAAACGGAGAAGAGGAAACCAGAGUCAAACGAGGACCAACUCACCAUCCAGACUUCCGCUGAGCCUGAGAAACAAAACCAGGGAAGGAGCAACAAUGAAGAAUCUGGCUCAAACAGGGCUGACGAACUAGAAGAAAAGAGUUUUCAGCAUUUCAGAGUUGAAACUGGGAAUGUUGUCGGUCCAGAAGCAGAAUGGCAGGAGACAAUGCACACAAACUGCAAUAUUUCAGCUUGUAAAGUUUGUGGUAAAGUUUUCGCUUCCAGCUAUUUGAUUGAUCACAUGAGAAUUCACACAAAUGAGAGACCCUUCUCGUGUCUGAUUUGCGGAAAAAGCUUUACAAUGGCGGCUAGAUUGAAGGUUCACAUGAGAAUUCACUCGGAUGAGAAACCUUUCUCUCUGAGAGACUUUAUCAGGGAGCGACUGGCCGCUGCUGCUGAGGAAAUAUUUACAGAGUUUGAUAAAACCAUCGUCCAGUACGAGGAAGAGCUGUGGCGUCAACAGAGACUGCUGGAAAUCUACUGGAAACCCCACAUAAAGCUACAGAGAAUAGACCUCACACAGCCUUAUGUUUGGAAGGAGGAUAAUGUCACUGACCAUCAGCUCCCCAGCCUAGAGAUCAACUCCAGUUUGAACCUAGGUGAGAUGCAACCUUUAUGUAUGCAUGAGGAACUGGGGAAACCAGAACCUCAACAGAUGAAAGAAAACCAAGAAGAACCCGAACCACCACAAAUAAAAGAAGAGCAGAAAUCGGUGGUAAAGGAUGAACAGGAGGAACUCUUUAUCAGUCUGGAGAAAGAGCAGCUUGAACAGCGUUGGCCAACUGAUUCCUUCACAGGAGUCACUAUUCAUGAGAAAACGGAGAAGAGGAAACCAGAGUCAAACGAGGACCAACUCACCAUCCAGACUUCCGCUGAGCCUGAGAAACAAAACCAGGGAAGGAGCAACAAUGAAGAAUCUGGCUCAAACAGGGCUGACGAACUAGAAGAAAAGAGUUUUCAGCAUUUCAGAGUUGAAACUGGGAAUGUUGUCGGUCCAGAAGCAGAAUGGCAGGAGACAAUGCACACAAACUGCAAUAUUUCAGCUUGUAAAGUUUGUGGUAAAGUUUUCGCUUCCAGCUAUUUGAUUGAUCACAUGAGAAUUCACACAAAUGAGAGACCCUUCUCGUGUCUGAUUUGCGGAAAAAGCUUUACAAUGGCGGCUAGAUUGAAGGUUCACAUGAGAAUUCACUCGGAUGAGAAACCUUUCUCAUGUAUGACUUGUGGAAGAAAUUUCAGUGGUGCAGCCUGCUUUUCUCGGCACAUGAGAACUCAUACAGGUGAGACGCCUUAUUCAUGCUUCUGUGGAAAAAGAUUCCCACAAAGAAGUAAUUUCACUAAACACAUAAAAACUCACAUGGGAGAGAAACCUUUCUCAUGUCUGACUUGUGGAAAAAAUUUUAGCUCAAGAGAUAGUUUAUCUCGGCACAAUAGAACUCAUACAGGUGAGAGGCCUUUCUCAUGUCUGACUUGUGGAAAAAUUUUUAGCUCGAAAGAUAGUUUAUCUCGGCACAAUAGAACUCAUACAGGUGAGAGGCCUUUCUCAUGUUUGACUUGUGGGAAAAGUUUUUCAGAUAGAGGAUGUUUAUCUCGGCACAAAAAAAUUCAUUCAGGUGAGAGGCCUUUUUCCUGUGUGACUUGUGGAAGACGUUUUAUUCAAAGAAGUCAUUUGACUUCUCAUAUGAUGACACACCGAGGUGAGCAGGUACGAGCUUGUGAUGCUUCGUUCGUGGAAGUACCUCAGAACUGCCAGGAGGGAAAUUGAAUGUCAUAAAUCUUAAUAUAUGUAAACCGCCUCUAUUGAUUUAUGUUUCUACUUUACUCUUGCUCCCUUCUGAAAGCAGUGACUAAAGCAUUUUAAUGACCCUCCCUUGCACUUUUGAACUCCAAUCUAUAGUUUUUAACACAUUUACCACAAAACACUUUAUUGCACUUUUUUUUUUAUUUCAAACUGUUAUUACCCAUAAAAAUCUUUUAUCAUUGAAAAUCAAAACUUGUGCUAUUCUUCAUCUUGGACGUAAAUAAGAGCCUUUAGCUAAAAUCGGUCUCCUCUGCAUCCGAGGUAGUUGAUAAUCACCUACAGUAGCAACUAAAAAAACACAGCUUAGGUGUUUUGUUAUUAUGAAAUUUUAUGCAAAUCAGGAACAUCAUCUGUCAUCUCUCCUAGACUCUAUUCUUGUUAAUCUUUUUUUUUAAUGUUUUUUUUUUUUUU